AUGGAAAGAAAACUGAAUAGAACAGCUGCUUUAAAGAAAAGAUUAUCCUCUUCUUCACUUUCUAAGCUUUUCAAAAAGCGUGCUAAGAAGAGAUCUCAUAAUGACAUCUCUGAUGAUUCGGAAGAUAAGUAUUCUGAUUCAGAUAGCUAUUAUGAUAGCCAUGACAAUGAAAAUGAUAUACAAGUCCAAGACACUAAACGUCGUCGUUUAGAUGAUAACAAAAAAUCGACUGUUGAUGAUCAACAUGAACAAUUUUUGAUUCAUGAAAGAGAAUAUGAUGAAGCUUUACCAAAAGAAUUAAGAAAAUACAGACCGAAGGGAUUCCCGUUAAACUUACCCCCAAAGGAUAGACCAAUAAGAAUAUAUGCAGAUGGUGUCUUUGACCUUUUCCAUCUUGGUCAUAUGAAACAACUGGAGCAAUGCAAAAAAUCUUUCCCCAAUGUGGUUCUAAUCUGUGGGAUACCAAACGAUAAAAUUACCCACAAAUUGAAAGGUUUAACAGUCUUGACUGAUAAACAACGUUGCGAGACCCUAAUGCAUUGUAAAUGGGUCGAUGAAGUUAUACCGGAUGCUCCAUGGUGUGUUACCCCUGAAUUCUUACAAAAACAUAAAAUCGAUUAUGUAGCCCAUGAUGAUAUUCCUUACGUGAGUGGGGACAACGACGAUAUCUAUAAACCUAUUAAACAGAUGGGUAAAUUCUUAACAACUCAAAGAACCGAUGGUAUCUCUACAAGUGAUAUUAUCACUAAAAUUAUUAGGGACUAUGAUAAAUAUUUAAUGAGAAACUUCGCAAGAGGUGCAACAAGACAAGAGUUGAAUGUGUCGUGGUUGAAAAAAAAUGAAUUGGAAUUUAAGAAACAUAUCCAAGAUUUCAGAUCGUAUUUCAAGAAAAACCAACAGUUGUUGAAUAAUUCGUCAAAGGAUUUAUAUUUUGAAGUUAGAGAAAUUUUAUUAAGGAAAACAUUAGGCAACAAUUUGUAUUCCAAAUUGACUGGCGGAAACUCUGAUGAAUCUUUCAGUUUACGAAAGUUCAUUAAUGAGAAAAGAAGACAAAAAAACAUCAAAAAUAAAGACGAAGAGGAAGAAGAUGAACUUAUCAUCCCCAAAUCGCCAGCGACUGAAUUUGCAGAAAAAUUUACAGGAGAAGUACCAUCUGUUAUUCAUUCUGAAAGAGAAAAUGAGGAAGAAGAAAAUACUGAUGACCAUGAAAGUCAAUACCGUGACAGUAAUAGUGAGAAUGAGAAUAAAUCUGGAAUUCAGGAAGAAAACAAAGUUGAAACUUCAGAAGAAACUAAUGAUGAUGAUCACUCUGACAACUAA